UGAGAAUUCUAUGCAUCUCAUAAAACCAGACCAGUAAUUUACCAUUCUUGACAUUUGACAACUCCAUAUUGAGCAGACCCCCCACCCCAUUUUACAUAUAUAAGACUGUGAUGGCCCAUGGUGUAUAUGAUUGCAUCAAUCCAUGCAUGAGAUUAACAUGAAGAUCACAGUAGUGCACAUGUUCUUAGCAGCAGCAGCAGCUUUACAAACCCUGCUAUGGUGCACCUCGGGGCUCGACAUCCGAGAAGUUCGAGCCUUAGCGGCUCGACACAAUGUGAGCUGUGUGCUCAUCUUUGGGGAUUCAACUGUGGAUCCAGGGAACAACAACUUCCUCUCCACUGAUUUUAAGGGCAAUUUUGUGCCUUAUGGGAGAGACUUUGCAGGGCAUCGUCCGACCGGAAGGCUAACAAAUGGAAAACUACCUACUGAUUUCAUUGCUGAGUUCUUGGGUUUGAAAAGCAUAGUCCCAGCUUUCCUAGAUCGAGGUUUGACGAUGGAAGAGCUUGUACAUGGUGUCAGCUUUGCAUCUGCCGCCUCCGGUUACGAUGACUUCACCGCUAAUAUCACAAAUGUAAUGCCGUUUUCGAAGCAAAUAGAGUAUUUGAGGCAUUACAAGGCCAAACUGGCCAAGUUACUGGGGGUAAAGAGAGCACAAGAAACGAUCAAUAAUGCCGUUUUUAUCGUUAGUGCGGGGACUAAUGAUUUCAUCCAAGACUACUACAUAGAGCCCCAACGGUCUAAGCAAUUUACCGUGGCUCAAUAUCAAGAUUUUCUGGCAAACCACCUACUUCAAGACAUCAAUGAAAUGUAUAGAGUUGGAGGGAGACGAUUUGCUGUGGUUGGAGUCCCUCCAUUAGGAUGUUUGCCUCUUGUUAAGACACUGUGGGGGGAGGUGGAUUGUGUCACGAACCUCAAUGAAGUUGCCGUCGCAUUCAACCGCAAGAUUAACAGCACUCUCACUUCGUUCAUAAAAAUGUUGGGUCCUGAUGCCAGAGCUGUUUAUUUUGACAUAUACAGCAUCCUACUAGAUGCAGUGAAAAAUCCCAUGAAAUAUGGUUUCACGGAGUCUUCAAAGGGUUGUUGUGGGACAGGGAUGAUCGAAUUUGGCCAAUCUUGCAAAGGCAUGGGCACCUGCAAGGAUCCUUCCAAAUAUGUUUUCUGGGAUUCUGUACAUCCCACAGAAAGAAUGUAUCAUCUCAUAGCAAGCUACGGCGUUACGAGGGAUGUUGUUAAGAUCUUGGUUUGAAAUUUUCAAGAUCUCUUGCAUACAUACCUUAUGUUCAAGAAGCAGGCACCCUAUGUUAAUUUUGUUAGAUCUACUGAGCUAAAUUUAGUGCAGUAUCAAUGAAACAGAACCAGUUAAAUAAAAACGAAAGAGUUUGAUUGUUGUGUCC